AUGGAGCCAAGAGAACGUGCAUUAUGUAAGUGCGGGGAGGCCAUCGGCGUUGAUUGCAUCUUGGAGAAUUGUCAGUGUCAUGCUUUUCCACCCUCUCAAUGUCUUCGAUGUCUAACCAAGAACGCUAGUCCGUUUCCUGAAGGAGAUUUUGAUUGGAGCAAAGCAGUACGAAGCGAAUACUGUUGCUCAUAUCGACCACUUUCCUACUAUCUCGUUGAUUCGAAAAAGACUGUAAUGGUUGGGUUUGCUGAUGUGAAAGACCUUCAUAUACAACGAAGCAAAGUGUUUACACUUCGUCGUCCAAGCUCCUUCCCAUCGCUUUUGGACUAUGUUGAUGAGGUCAGCUGCGAUCUACUGGAGUAUGGCUUAGCGCUUAUUGAAAUCGACUAUCUGAAGCGACAGGAAGAGUACUCUUCCGAAGAGGAAGAAGACGGUGAAGUUUGUGAUGGCCGCUGGAGGAUGCAGCGUGCUGUUCAUGAACUUGAUGGACAUUUGGAAAAGAUUAUUCGUGCUGCGGCUCGUUACAGCCUCAUCAUGGUAGUUAUGGCUAGUGAGAAGUCAUCGGUGUGUUAUCUGAAAGUCAAACCAUAG